CCAGAGUUUUUAAAAAAGCGAGUCCGAAUGGAAAGCUCACUGUAUACCUGGGGAAGAGGGACUUUGUGGAUCACAUAGAUGUUGUGGAUCCCGUUGAUGGUGUUGUUCUGGUUGACCCUGAAUAUCUGAAGGAGCGGAAAGUAUUCGUGACUCUGACCUGCGCGUUCCGUUAUGGCCGGGAGGAUCUCGAUGUUUUGGGCUUGACGUUCCGCAAAGACCUUUUUGUUGCCAACAUUCAGGCUUUCCCACCCGUCCCGGAGGAGAAGAAGCCGCUGACUCGACUGCAGGAACGUUUGAUCAAGAAGCUGGGCGAGCACGCCUACCCGUUCACCUUCGAGAUCCCACCAAACCUCCCCUGUUCAGUGACCCUCCAGCCGGGGCCCGAGGACACUGGAAAGGCCUGUGGUGUGUGGACUAUGAGGUGAAGGCUUUCUGUGCCGAGACAUUGGAGGAGAAAAUCCAUAAAAGGAAUUCUGUGCGUUUAGUGAUCCGCAAGGUGCAGUAUGCUCCAGAGAGACCGGGACCGCAGCCCAUGGCCGAAACCACAAGACAGUUCCUGAUGUCUGAUAAACCCUUACAUCUGGAGGCAUCUUUGGAUAAAGAGAUCUAUUACCACGGGGAGCCCAUCAAUGUCAAUGUUCAUGUGACCAACAACACCAACAAGACGGUGAAGAAGGUGAAGAUCUCAGUGCGACAAUACGCCGACAUCUGCCUCUUCAACACCGCGCAGUACAAGUGUCCCGUCGCCGUGGAGGAAGCAGAUGACGUUGUGGCCCCCAGCUCCACCUUCUGUAAGGUCUACACACUGACUCCCUUCCUGGCCAACAACCGGGAGAAGCGAGGAUUGGCCCUGGACGGCAAACUCAAGCAUGAAGACACCAACCUGGCCUCCAGCACGCUACUGAGAGAUGGUGCCAACAAGGAGAUCCUCGGAAUCAUCGUCUCCUAUAAAGUCAAAGUGAAGCUGGUCGUCUCUCGGGGAGGCCUUUUGGGAGACCUGGCGUCAAGUGAUGUUGCUGUAGAGCUCCCGUUCACCUUGAUGCAUCCGAAACCCAAGGAGGAACCUCUCCAUAGAGAAGUUCCAGAGAAUGAAGCACCUAUAGAUACAAAUCUGAUAGAGUUUGAUACAAACGAUGACGAUAUCGUUUUCGAAGACUUCGCCCGUCAAAGACUGAAAGGGAUGAAAGACGACAAAGAGGAGGAGGACGAAGGGACGAACUCCCCUCUGACGAACGACAGAUAA